CGGGCGCGGACGCAGAACCCGGCACGGCGGCGGCACGAUGGUCAUGGCGCAUUUCGUCGAGAAUUUCUGGGGGGAGAAGAAUAGUGGUUUUGAUGUCCUUUACCAUAAUAUGAAACAUGGACAGAUAUCGACAAAGGAACUGGCAGAUUUUGUAAGAGAAAGAGCUACUAUCGAAGAGGCAUACUCCAGGUCAAUGACAAAACUAGCAAAAUCUGCAAGCAAUUACUCACAACUUGGAACUUUUGCACCAGUGUGGGAUGUGUUCAAAACAUCUACGGAAAAAUUAGCAAAUUGUCACUUGGAUCUUGUUAGAAAGUUACAAGAAUUAAUAAAAGAAGUUCAGAAGUAUGGAGAAGAACAAGUAAAAUCUCAUAAAAAGACUAAAGAAGAAGUUGCAGGAACUCUGGAAGCUGUCCAAACCAUCCAGACCAUAACUCAGGCUCUCCAGAAAUCCAAGGAAAAUUACAAUGCCAAGUGUGUAGAACAGGAACGUUUGAAAAAGGAAGGAGCUACACAAAGAGAAAUAGAAAAGGCAGCUGUUAAAUCUAAGAAAGCAACAGAUACCUAUAAACUCUAUGUGGAAAAAUAUGCUUUAGCAAAAGCUGAUUUUGAACAGAAAAUGUCAGAAACAGCUCAGAAAUUUCAAGAUAUUGAAGAAACUCAUCUCAUUCAUAUAAAGGAAAUUAUAGAAUCCUUGUCAAAUGCUAUAAAGGAAAUUCAUUUGCAAAUAGGCCAGGUUCAUGAAGAAUUUAUAAAUAACAUGGCUAAUACUACAGUUGAAAGCUUGAUACAGAAAUUUGCUGAGUCAAAAGGCACUGGGAAAGAAAGACCUGGUCUUAUUGAAUUUGAAGAAUGUGAUCCUGCUAGUGCAGUUGAAGGUAUAAAACCAAGAAAAAGAAAGACUUUUGGUUUGCCAGGAAUAAUUAAAAAGGAAAAGGAUGCAGAGUCUGUGGAGUGCCCUGAUGCAGAUUCACUUAACAUUCCUGAUGUAGAUGAAGAAGGCUAUAGUAUAAUACCAGAAGCAAAUCAGAAUAAUACCAAAGAGAACCAUUUCUACUCAUCUAGUGAUUCUGAUUCAGAAGAUGAAGAACCAAAGAAGUUUCGUAUAGAAAUCAAACCUAUGCAUCCAAAUAACUCACAUCACACAAUGGCUUCCUUGGAUGAAUUAAAAGUAUCUAUAGGAAAUAUAUCACUCUCCCCAGCAAUAUCGAGACACAGCCCAGUGCAGAUGAAUCGGAAUUCAUCUAGUGAAGAGCUAACAAAAUCAAGAUCUGCUGCAUCCAAUGAGAAAGGGACCAGUGAUUUACUUGCUUGGGACCCCCUGUUUGGACCAUCUCUUGAUUCAUCAUCUUCAACUUCACUAACUUCAUCAUCAUCAGCCAGGCCCACAACUCCUCUUUCGGUAGGUACCAUUGUCCCACCUCCAAGGCCUGCUUCCAGACCAAAGCUUGCUUCAGGCAAACUCAGUGGAAUUAAUGAAAUACCCAGGCCAUUCAGUCCACCUGUAACUUCCAGUACCAGUCCACCUCCUGCUGCUCCUUUAGCCCGGGCAGAAAGUUCUUCCUCUAUUUCAUCUUCUGCUUCACUAAGUGCUGCCAAUACCCCAACAGUAGGUGUGUCACGAGGUCCCAGCCCUGUCAGCCUUGGAAAUCAGGAUACCUUACCUGUGGCAGUUGCUCUUACAGAAUCUGUUAAUGCCUACUUUAAAGGAGCAGAUCCCACCAAGUGUAUCGUGAAGAUCACCGGUGAUAUGACAAUAUCAUUUCCAAGUGGAAUUAUUAAAGUCUUCACUUGCAAUCCAUCUCCAGCUGUGCUAUGCUUCAGGGUGAAAAAUAUCAGCAGACUAGAGCAAAUUCUUCCAAAUGCACAACUUGUGUUCAGUGACCCAUCACAGUGUGAUUCUAACACAAAGGAUUUUUGGAUGAAUAUGCAAGCUGUUACUCUCUACCUCAAGAAGCUAUCAGAGCAAAAUCCAGCUGCUUCUUAUUAUAAUGUAGAUGUAUUAAAAUAUCAGGUAUCAUCAAAUGGUAUUCAUUCUACUCCUUUAAAUCUUGCAACAUAUUGGAAAUGUACUCCUGGCACCACAGAUCUUAGAGUGGAUUAUAAGUACAACCCAGGAGCUAUGGUGGCACCAAAUACGCUUUCCAACAUACAGGUGGUUGUACCAGUGGACGGAGGAGUCACAAACAUGCAGUCCAUCCCUCCUGCAAUAUGGAAUGCAGAACAGAUGAAAGCCUUUUGGAAACUGUCUGGAAUUUCAGAAAAAUCAGAAAAUGGAGGUUCUGGAUCCCUCAGAGCAAAAUUUGAUCUUUCAGAAGGACCGAGUAAACCUGCAACACUUGCAGUGCAGUUCCUCAGUGAGGGAAGUACCCUCUCAGGAGUAGACAUUGAACUUGUAGGCACUGGCUAUCGGCUUUCCUUAUUAAAGAAGCGGUUUGCCACUGGUCGGUACCUGGCUGACUGUUGAUGGCCCUGGAACGUGGUUGGCUCAAGGGGGUAGUACAAACCUGCCAUUCUGCAUUAUCUAUUCUUUCCAAACACUAUUUUAACUUGUAUGUCUUUAAAACUUAGACAUAUUUAAGAGCUGACUACAAAUAUUAAAUUGCACUUUUGAAGUGAGUCAUCAAAAGAAAUAGCACUGAAAUCAUUUUCAAUGCUGUAAAUGAUCAACUGAAAUAUUCAGGAAGCACAUUUACUCAGAUUCUCAGUAAAAUGAAGUUCUCAUAAGCUGAAAUUUUAAAUUAUCUUCAGUGUCUGUUAAAAAGGGGUUAUAGUGUGAUAUCAGGCCUAAAAUUUCGGAGAGCAAGCACAAAAUUUAGCUUUCCAUAAAAUUUUGGAGUUAGAUAGCUUUAGAUACAAAUAGGACAUGAAUUCUAAGUUUUGGAUGUUAACUUAGAAUACUCAAUCAGAUUGAGUUAUGUGCCAUGAAAGUAAUCAGACCAGUGCCCAAGUUAUAUGCAAAAAAAUUAUAAUUUGAAUCUUAUAUAAGCAAAGUGUAAAUGGUGUUUUAUAUUAUUUUCUAAAAAAUCCUCAAGUGCAAUGUGUUUUAAAAUAAGCUUGCAAAAACAGCAGAGAAAUUUACUUCUGCAGUUAGUUAACUUUAUAGAAGUUGUGAUUGUUUUGAUGAAUUAAUGUUGUAGAAUUAAUUUAUUUUUCUAUGAAUUGCAUAAUGUGUGCCUUUAAAACAAUAACAAAAAACCAGAGAUGUGCCUAUCCAGUUUGUGUUCAUUGAUGUGCCUCACUUUUUUUUUCCUCUCAGUCUGUAUCUUCUAAUCAGAAUCUUUUGACUGCAGUUGGGAGGGGAAUUCAGAAUAACAAAAGAGUAAUUUACUUACCAACCCUGGUUCACUUCUUUUGUGAUACACUGUAGACACUAGAAAGAAAUAUACCUAAUGGGGAAAAAAAUUGCCUUUAGAUAUUUGACCUCAAUUUCAUCAAAAGUAUGUCAUUCUUAAAACAGGUAAAUUGGUAAUUAGUAUUUUAACUCAGUAUUUCCUUUUACUCUGUUUAUCACUGGAAAUGUAUACAUUUGCUGAAUAUGUUGUGAGUAUGAGUUUUGUAGUAUUUUGUGAGGAAUACAUUUUUGAAAAGAUUAAUUUUGCCAUUACAGAAGUACUGCAUUUUGUGUGGUUUCUUAUUUGCCACCCACUAAAAAUGGAAAUUUGAAGUAUGAAUUGGGUAAAACUUCCUUUAAAAAACCUAAUUUUAACAAUUUAUGGCAUUAUAUUGGAUAAAGUUUUAUAAUUUGCAACUGGGAGUUUUAUUUAUAAAUACCCAUAUCUUACAUUUUGCAUAGAAGUGAUAAAUUUGUGUUAUAUAUAGUAAUUUAUAUAAAACCACUAAUCUGUUAAGCUUUACAGAAAAUACCCCUUAUUAGACAUUUAUGUAACAUCUUGCUUUACCUAAAUACAGCAGAGAUUACUCAUUAGCAAUAUAUAUAACACAAUAUGUGCUUUUUAUGUAUUCAGUGUUAGCCCAAUUCUAAAUUUAGAUUUGACUGAAGCAACACAUAGGACAAUUUGCUAGAAUAUUCAUCUUUACUAAACAGUAAAAUUAGAAUGCCUAACUCUUAUAUUGUGUUCUUUUAUAUGCCAAUUACAGUCCCUUACUGGAAUCUUAACUGUAACUGCUUUGCAGUGAAACUGCUUUUAUUGGGCAGUUAAUAUUUUAUUAUUGGAAUUCAGACACCAUUAUACACACCAUGUUUGUUUUCAAUCAAGUAUUACCUUAAAAAUAUGUAUGAAUUAGUGAAAUGGUUAAACUUCUGCACUUUCUUAUUUACCACAGUCUUCAUACCAAGUGUUGAUAAAUUUGUAUUGGGUGCAGGUUACAAUUUUGAAGCCAUAUGAGUUUAUACUGACCUUUUUUCCAUUUAAAAAUCCACUAAUGGUGUAAAAAACAGAUUUUCAAUGGGAAAUGUAUUUAGCAAGCUGGUUCUUGCUUAUGUACAGUGAUAAACUUUGUAGCUGCCUCUUUAACUAAGAAUUUGUAAACACAGAACUCUAACAAAUGUGAGUUUUUAAGAAUUGUUAUUUACUACUUUGAGUAAAUCUAUC